AUGGCUCAAUUUGCUGGAAAUACGGUAUGUCUGUUUCAAUGUCUAGUUGUGCUGGUUUGGAAAACGACAAGGCCACACCUCAUUACUCCAUCAGCAUGGGUGUGUGGCCUCAGUGGUGCUCCUGACGGCCCUCAUGCCGCCUUUUUGACGCUAGUGUCACCGUUGUCUGAGUCCAACACAAAAGGAAACCAGGAUAAGCUUGCUGUAGGCAAAAGGGUUGAAGAAAGUGAGCUACUUGCACAUGUUGAACGCGGCCAAAGCGUAAAACUCUCUUUUGCCUUGAGACUAACUGAGCGCACCGAAGCACGAUGGGAAACACUUCUACAUCAACGUUGUCUGUACAUCCAAGUGCCGGCCACCCUGAUUUCGGAAGGAUCCAAAGAAGGAUUUGUGACACUUCUGGAAUAUGCAGAGGAAACGCUGAAUUGCACGGACUUUGUUAUAUGCUUGAAGAACGAUCGCUCAGAUAAAACUCAAAUUGUGAAAACGUUCAUGUUUAUUGGGUUCACCAUGCUUCAUCCAGGUCAUCCACUUGUGCCUCAAACAUCUGAUGCCUCUACUAUUUACAUGCAUUAUUCUAUCAUAUAAAGCAGCCAUUGCUGAUUAGGCUAUAUUAUUCUUGAUUAUUUAAUUCAGUUAUCCAGUCCGCAUUGUUAACAAUGAUAGGUACAAAGGAUGUGAUACACUUCUGUGUAAUAAAGUAAUGAAUUGACUGAUUA